UGCCAUUCAUCUCUUCCCAACCAAACGAGCAAGUGUAGCGUAUGGAUUUCCUCCUAUCGAACUUUUUCCUUUUCCAACAAGUGGAAUAAUAAUUAAUCAAAUAAACUCAUAAAUCGACAAUAACUCCAUCAAAAUGCAAUCAAUUUAAAUCUCUUCAGUGUUUCUCUGUUAUCAUAUCAACAAUUCACAAAGUGUUUUACUUAAAAAUUGAAAAUAUUUCAACAUUUUCCGCCCCACUGCCAACUUUCACUCUUCCUUUUAUAUCUUUUAUAUAUCUUACCUUUUGUGUUAUAAGCUUACAAGAAAUAUACCAGAUUCGCUAAAAAAAUCUUAAAUACUUGAAAACCUAAAACCGCUCGGCCAAACGUCCGAUACAAAAAAGUUCAACCAAAAGGAAAAAAAGAAGCAGUGAAAACGACCUCAAGUAGUUUUUGAAGAAAUGAGUGGAGACGAAAAAAUAAUCCGUGUUGGAUCUAGAAAAAGUGAAUUGGCUUUGAUUCAAACAAAACAUGUGAUCGCUCGAUUGCAGAAGAUCUUUUCUCAUAGAAAAUUUGAAAUUCAUACCAUGUCAACAAUUGGCGACAGAGUAUUGAACAUAUCGUUGCCAAAAAUCGGUGAAAAAUCUCUCUUUACCCGUGAUUUGGAAGAUGCUCUUCGGAAUGGAGGUGUGGACUUUGUUGUUCAUUCACUGAAAGACCUGCCGACAGCAUUGCCCGCUGGAAUGGCAAUCGGUGCUGUUCUGGAGAGAGAAGAUGCCCGCGAUGCACUUGUGUUGAAUGAGAAGUUCAAAGGGAAUACCAUCAAAUCACUGCCUAAAGGAAGUAUAAUAGGAACAUCUUCCCUUCGACGAACAGCACAAAUUCGACGCGAAUACCCGCAUUUGGUUGUGUGCGACAUUCGUGGUAAUCUCAACACCCGAUUAGCAAAACUAGACGCCCCAGGCUCGAAGUUCGCUGGUAUUAUACUUGCUCAAGCCGGUCUUGUGCGAAUGGGAUGGAUGAAUCGCAUAAGUCAGAUUCUUGAACCGUCUGACCUGUUGUAUGCUGUGGGUCAAGGAGCUCUGGCUGUAGAGUGCCGAUCAAAUGACCAGGAGAUCCUGAAAAUGUUGCAGGCUUUGGUUUGUCUACCAACAACGUGUCGUAUAUUGGCCGAACGUAGUUUUCUCAAGACUCUCGGAGGUGGCUGCAGUGCUCCGGUAGCGGUUUGCUCAACUUUGAAUGGUUGCCUUAACGAUGACAAUUGUGGAGCUGGUAUGAAGGUCCUCGGAGCGGUAUGGAGUUUAGAUGGAACAACAGAAAUUCGCAAUGAACUUUCCUGCUCUCUAGAAUUGGAACGGCAUAAGUUCGAUAUCAAUGCGAAUAACGAUGGUUCACCACCGUCAAAACGUGCCCGAAAAGACGGCAGUGAAAGUCCGGAGAGUAAACGAGCCAGCCCUACGGUGAUAAAUGAUGAUUUGAAUUCUGGUCUGCUAGAGAAAUUCACCGACAUCCAGCAGUUGAUUAAUAUCCAUGGAGAACUCUUUAAAAAGUGUCCAUUUAGUGCGGUGCACUUGAAGAAUCGUGAGGAGAAUGGCAACUCUACAGAAUCGAAACCAAUCAAAGAUGAGUGUCCGCUGAAGAUACCAGUUGGUCAGGACUUUAUGGGACAGUGUCCGUACGUGGGCACAGAUGUGAAAGUCAAUUCUGCUGAAAUAUGUCCAAUUACGGGUAAUACUCCGCCUGCUGAACCCUUAGACUGUGUGCCCAGCUCGAGUAAAUGUCCAUUCGGUGGAGCCAAACAAACUACAACCACACUGCCAGGCCAUGACAGUUGUCCGUUCCUACAAAAGACAAUAAACAUGUACGAUUAUGGUGACGAACAGAAACCUCAAUCGACAGAAGUGCUUCCAGUACUGACCGAUGACACAAUGAACCUGUUUUGCGGACUAUUUCGUCACAAAUGCUACGAUUAUGAAUUGUAUGCGAAAAGUGAAAAGCUAGGACAAGCUCUAGCCGAUGAUUUGAUUAGUAAAGGUGCUCUGGACGUGAUGAAGUGUGCGCAAGAUGAAAUUCAUAGUAAGGUGUCAUAAGAGAGAGAUGUCGGUCGUACUUCGUACAUAUGACAAUACACGUGCUUUACUUACAAAAAACAUCAUAUCCAAAUCUCCCUCGCCCAGUUUUUUGGUGGUGCUGGUUUGUGGCUAUAAUUGCUAUUAGUCUGGUCCAGGGUACCAUUUAACAUUAUCAGAACAAACUCCCGCCUCUCAAUAUUCUCCUUGGCAAUUCAUUGUUAAAAAUCAUUAAGUUUUUUUUUUAAUUUUUUUGUAAAAAAGACUUUAUUUUUUGUUUAGUGUAAUUGUUUAGUUAAUUUUCAGCGUUAAAGAAGAACAAUUUUUUAUUAUUGUUUUGUUUUUCUCUCUUCUCUAUCAAAUAAAGAGAAGUAAGAGAAGUUUAAGUUAGAUCCGUUUAUAAGAGAAAAACAAUUUAUUUGUGUAUAUACAAAAAUUACGCAUGAUGUUAUGUUUGCCUAUGAAAAAGUGGAACAAUAAUAAUUAUAAGUGUUCAUAGAGAAAAC